GAUAUCGUGAUCAAGUUUCUGCCAAAACUAGCGUCGGAUAUGUCAUAUUGUAUACAAUAAAAUACAUUGAAUGUUAGCUUUGUUGUAUCUUGUCUAUAGUACAAAAAAUUUAUUUUAUAACAUAAAUUUUUUUGUAUACAGAUAAAUAUAAUUUACGAAUACAUGUAUGAAGAAUUAUAAAAAAAAGAUCAAAUCUUUAGUGCGUAUUAUCAAUUGUGAUUGUAUUUUUUUUAUUAUUGUUAAUUUUUUUAAUAUUCUAUUAAAUUAUUUUAUUAAAUCUGUAGUUUAAUUACAUAGUAUUAUAAGUAAGAACGAGAUAUUUUAUCAUAAUAAACAAAAAAUAUAAGAAUAUUAUAUAUUUUUUAUAAUCAUUUUUAUACAAAUUCAUGUCAUAUGGGUAAACAAAUAAUUAGAAUAAAUAUUGGAACUACAAAUAGUGAUUUGAUCAAUAUCUAUGUUAAAAUAAUAAAACAACUUCUUAUAUGAAUAAUUACAAAGCAAUUUUUAUAAUUUCUUAAAAGAUUUUUAUUUGUAAGCAGUAUUUAUUAUUGAUUUAAAGAUGAAUGAAAGCGAGUCUAUUUAUGGAACUACAUUAUCCCAAGAAUCAAUAAAAGUAAUUGCAGAAAGUAUAGGUGUUGGAAAUUUCCCAGAUGAAGCAGCAAAAGAUCUAGCCGAAGAUGUAAGUUAUAGACUUAAGGAAUUAUUCAGGAUGCUGCUAAGUUUAUGAGACAUGGAAAACGUCAACGAAUGACAACACAUGAUAUAGAUCAUGCUUUGAAAAUAAAAAAUAUUGAACCUACAUAUGGAUUUUUUGCCAAAGAUCAUAUACCAUUUCGUUUUGCCUCUGGUGGUGGUCGUGAAUUACAUUUUGUAGAAGAAAAAGAAAUCGAUCUUAAUGAAGUUAUAUCAAUGUCUGGUGGACAAACAUGGCCUAAAUUGCCCUUAGAAAUUACAUUACGCGCUCAUUGGCUUUGUAUAGAUGGUGUUCAACCUACGAUACCAGAAAAUCCACCUCCUGUUUCUAAAGAUGUUCAGAAACUAGAAAGUGUUGAUCCAACAAGUAAACUUACAAACAAAAGUCAAAACAUUGGUGUUGGAAAGCCAGGUGGAGGAGGUAAAAGUCAGAAAUUACGCAAUGUAGAAACAGUUCAUGUUAAACAAUUGGCCACUCAUGAAUUGAGUGUUGAACAACAAUUAUAUUAUAAAGAAAUUACUGAAGCUUGUGUUGGAUCUGAUGAAGCGCGUAGAGCAGAAGCAUUGCAAUCCCUCUCAGCUGAUCCUGGUUUACAUGAAAUGUUAGCACGAAUGUGUACAUUUAUUGCAGAAGGCGUACGCGUUAAUGUAGUACAAAAUAAUCUUGCUCUUUUAAUUUAUUUAAUGCGAAUGGUUAAAGCUCUUUUGGAUAAUCCAAGUCUCUAUUUAGAGAAAUAUUUACAUGAAUUAAUACCAUCUAUUGCGACAUGUAUUGUUUCGCGUCAAUUAUGUAUGAGACCAGAAGUGGAUAAUCAUUGGGCACUUCGUGAUUUUGCAUCACGUCUUAUGGCUCAAAUUUGUAAAAAUUUUAAUACCUCUACCAAUAAUGUACAAACCAGAGUAACUAGAAUGUUUAGUCAAGCUUUGGCAAAAAAUAGUCAGACUCCAUUGGCAUCACUUUAUGGAGCAAUUGAGGGAUUAUGUGAAUUAGGACCAGAAGUUAUUAAAGCAUUAGUUAUUCCUAAAAUUAAAUCUAUUUCAGAACGUAUUGAAUCAUGUAUCGAAGGGCCUACUUUAUCAAGUGUAGAUAAAAAUGGAGCAGGUCAUAUAAAAACUCUACUUGUAAAAUCGGUAGCUCCUGUCUUAAAAACAAUACGAUCUCCUCCAGAUUAUGUAGAAGAUUACAAACAAGAUUAUGGUUAUAUAGGUCCUGCAUUGUGUGCAGCCGUUGCAAAAGCUCGUACGCAACCAGCUACUUUAGCAACAACUGCAUCUACAACUACAGCUUUAACAGCAAAUCAACAAGGUCCUACAUGUACUGGAAAAACUAUUGUACAAGCUGUAACAAAUUCUAGUCCUGGGCAACAAGCUGGACGCACAAUUAUGCUUGGUACAAGUAGAACUGCUGGUGGAACUACCACAGCUGGAGGACAAAAAUUCGUUAUUUUACAAUCUCGAUCUCAAACGCCAACAGCUACAAAUAUUAAUAGUAAUGCAAUACAACAACAAUCUCAACAACAACAACAGCAACAAUCGCAACAACAAGUUAAAAUAGCCCAAACUAAUGUUACUCAACAAAAAACUCAUAUACAAAGUAAUACACCAAAAUUAGUAGUUGUUUGUAUGUCUAGUGGUAGUCAUACUACUACUACAGUAACUCAGGGAAAUAUAGCAACAAAAGCUCAAAAUGUUUUUGUAACUCAACAGAACAUCGAAUGCUCAUUAAAUCCAGAAGAAGAACAUUCUUUUCAAUAAUAAAAAAAACUUAAUUUACAACAUUCAAAUUUUUAAUAACAUGUACAAAAAUAAAUUUUUAAUGUUAAUAUACAUUAUGACAAAAAAAUAAGAUUUUUUAUGAACC